AUGCUACAAAUGAUCCACCCAGAACACGACGAACACCGCACCCAAAUAUCCGGCACCCCACCCCCCUUCACAGCAUCCUCACACGCCGCCGACGGCAAGAAACAUCUACUAUUAGCAGCCAGCGGCUCCGUAGCAGCCAUAAAAACCCCCAGCAUCCUACGUGCCCUCUCCACGCACUCCAAUCUCUCAAUCCUGCUCAUCCUCACCAAAUCCGCGACCAACUUCCUCGGGGGGCAGUCGGCAGAACAGCCACACCUAGCUUCGCUACGGCAGAUCCGCAACGUGGAUGGCAUUUUCCAGGACGAGGAUGAGUGGGUGCAUCCGUGGAAGCGCGGGCAGGGGAUCCUGCAUAUCGAGUUGAGGCGGUGGGCGCAUGUGCUGGUUAUCGCGCCGCUGAGCGCGAAUACGCUGGCCAAGAUUACGGGGGGGUUUGCGGAUAAUCUGUUGACGAGCGUGGUGAGGGCUUGGGAUACCGAGGGGGUGGUUCAGGGGCUAGGGCAAGGGCAAGGCGAAGGAGGGAAGAGGAGGAUCGUCGUGGCGCCUUCGAUGAAUACGGCGAUGUGGAAACAUCCGGUUACGAGGAGGCAGAUUCGGGUGUUAGAGGAUGAGUGGGGGGUUGGGGAUGAGGACGGGGAUAGGAGGGAGGGCUGGUUUGAGGUACUGAGGCCGCAGGAGAAGGAAUUGGCGUGUGGGGAUGUGGGGGAUGGGGCUAUGAAGGCUUGGGAGGAGAUUGUGGGGGUUAUUGAGAUGAGGUUGGGUCUUGAGCAAUGA